UACAUACAUUGGUAACAGUUUGUAAAACAAUAAUGGUUUUCAAUUAAUUUCAUUUUAUCAUCAAUAAUCAAAAGCAAUACAAAGGAACAAACAGACAACACAAUAUAUAUCAUUUUGAACACCUUUAUUCAAUCAUACACCCUAGUUAAUAGGUGUAAUAAAAUAUGGGGCCGAAUGAGCCUGGUCGAUUUGGGGCCGAAUAAGCUUGGGGCCGAAAAAGCCUGAAAUUUCGGACUGGGCCGAAAGAGCUUGGGGCCGAAAGAGCCUGCUACCCAAUAUGGCGGAUACAGCGUACGAAAGCAAAACUAAGUCAAUAAAAAGCAAUUGUUUAUUGUUGUAAUGGUACCAUUCGUAUGAGUUUGUGGUUUAGACAGAUUGGAGACUACAUAAGACUUUGACAGAUGGCGGGAAACCCUCAUGAACUUGAUAGAAGCCGGUAAAUAGAUGGCCGUAAAACAGUGACUUUUGAUUCGUGACGAGUUCUUUCUUGCAUACCGCGUGACCUAUCUUUUUUAUUGCUUGAAUCAAUUCGGCUCGGAAUGCUCUUCGAGAAAAGUUAGAGGAAUGUCUGCGACUAAGCCGAGGGCCACUUGUUAAGGGUUGUUGAUGGCAAAACAGUAUCCUAUAUUCAUGGACGUCUGCAAAAAGGCAUUGUGAAGAGCUGCUAGGUAAACUACCAGCCUGAUCAGUUAAAGUCACGCCAAAACGGCUCAAAAACUAACUCUCUAAUCGCCAGGCCGAGGAGGCGAACUGUGUCAAUGGCUGACCAAGGCAUCAGACGUGAUGAACCAGGAGAGGUCCCUAGACAGUUUCAAAAUGAACAAGCCUCUGCUGAGACUUCUACUUUAAUGAAUGUUCUGGGUUAUGGGCCUCACAUCCGACAGGCUCGUAUAGAAGCAUACAAGGCCUCGGACAGGCAUGAGACUGCAAAGGCGCUUGGUAUUGUAACGUAUAUCACCACGGGUAGCAAGGCUGAGGGUCUGACCAGCUAUCUGGAGAGCGAUAUAGACGUUUUGUUUGUUACAGAAAGUGUCAUCUGUUUAGAAGAUGGUGUUGAUUCAAGUUGCGUUCCUGUGGAGACAACCAUAUUUAGAUCCUGCAGUCGGAUUAGUUACUCCGGACACUGUAGACUGCUACUCGAGAGAUACGGUACACAUAUUUCGUAUUUAGUGUACAAUGCCUUGUGUGAUGAUGGAUUUGGUCGCGGACUAUUAAGAAGCGACUUAUAUGUUAAUCAGUGGUUAAACGUUAAACACCCGGAAGGCAUAGUACAACAUGAGCGUGCUGGACCGUCAACGCCAGAAACAUUUGGUGUUCUUGAAAGCGAUACCGUGCAUGCGCUACAUUUUUACUGCCCCAGCAUCCUAACAAGAUGGGCGGCAAGACAUCGCUACUGGCCAUCAGCUGACGUCGUUAGGGAGGUUGUAUCACUUGGAGCAUUUGUUUCUCCUGUUGGGGUUAAAGGCAGCGAUUACGAACAUGUUGAAUGGAGAAUGUGUUUUAACACCGGGGAAAACGUACUGAUAAAUAAUCUUAACGACACUCAGGUUAAAUUAUAUGUGCUAUUAAAAAUGGUGAAGAAAGAUGUAUUACAACCGCAAAAGAAGGAGGUGACAUCGUUCACGGUUAAAAACAUUGUAUUAUGGAUAGCAGAAAAUAACCCGCACUCAUUGUUUCAUGAAAGAAGUAUGUUUCACUGGCUUCAUGAAGGAUUAUAUGCGCUAAGAGUUGCUCUAGAUACGAAAGAGCUGCCUUAUUACAUGAUCCCAGGGCGAAAUCUGAUGGCAGCCUGCGCUCUGGAUCAUGAGCAGAAACGUUCUUGGAUAGCUACUAUUGAUGAAAUGAUUGCGGAAGGUCCCCGGAUGAUAUUGAGACUACCGAAGAUACGACAAGCCAUAAUUGCUCACCCUGAGCCACUACGAUGGUACAGCGGGAGGAGGAUAGAGAUGGAGAUGCUGGAGCUGAUAUACAUGAACAGACGCGCCCUCGGCAUGGAUGAAGAGACGGAUGUUAUUAUGCAGGCAAUAAACAGUCGUCAGGUGGAGAUUUUGAGGGAGGUUGGGAUGAGGAUGAUUAUGGAAGGGACUCGAGUAAAUGAUAUACGGAAUGUAUGGAAUAGUAUGUUGAUGUAGAACGAUUACACAUAUCAACAGCCAUUUGACUUGCACUUGAAAUUCACAUAUAUAGAUGUAAGGAGGUAUCGUCUGUUGGUAAUUAAUUGUUGGAUAGAGAUGGAGUUGCUGUGGCUGAUAUGCAUGAACAGAAUGGCCCUCGGCAUGGAUAGAGAGACGGAUGUUAUUAUGCAGGCGGUACGCAGACGUCAGAGUGAGAUUGGUAUGGACGUUAUUAUGAAUAUGAUGAUGGAAGGGGGUCGAGUAAAUAAUCAUCGUAAUGUAUGGACAAGUAUGAUGAUGUAAACAAAUACACUUAUCAAAAGCCAUUUGACUUGCAACUGUAACACACGUGUAUAGAUAAGGGGUUGUCGUCUGUUGGUGAUUGUUAUUUAUUGUGUGGAAGAAUACUAUGGAAAUGUAAUCUUUGUUAAGAAAACUGUUCAUAUAAACGUUUGAAAAUUGUUGUAUUAAUCCUAUGAUGCCUAUGAAGCGACGAAAUGAUGAUGAUUUGCUGAUUUAAAACUUUGAUCACAUUUUUCGAUAACAUAAUUGUUAAAUAGGUGCGCUCACGUACAGUCAGAUCCCCAUGUUGAAUGUUAUCAAGGGUCUUAAAAUAUAUCUAUAUAUAUAUUUGUGUUAUGCUUGACAUGCGUCCAUGUACGAGUUGUAACCCAUUCAACAUUAAGUUAAUGUGAAAGCAGGUUUAAUAUUUAUGACGAUAUAAUAGAACAACACGCGAAUACUUCUCCAUUAAGUAUAAAGAUGUGUUUCGUACCUUAUUGAAAGUAUUUUUGGAAACAAUUAUCGAUAGAUCUAUUACAAAACGAUGCACUCUAGGUCCAUGCUAUAUAGUAGCUUGUACGUCAUGACGAUAUUCAUUUUAAGGUUAAAUAGUUGAUUAUAUGUUUUUGUUAUUGAAAAGGCUUGUGUUUUGGAAAAGACUCGUUGAUCAAACGUCCGCAAAUUUAUUUAGUUAAGAUAUUGCUUUAUAUGUCAACCUGUAAUGCUACUGUCGCGAUACGAUUUUAUAUAUGUAACUGCUGAAUUGUAAUAGUUUUGUUCUUGCUGCUGUAACAGUAUGGCUUACACAACUGUUGUCUUUGUAUGUGCCAAAUAUUAAAUAUGAUCAUUUUAUUGUAUAAGAAAAUGUAUUAUUAUAGUGUUCGAUUAAACGGUAUAUGUGGUGCAGAUAUUGCGUCCGCUUGAAAAUCAUUUACGCAAAUUUGCUUUGAAUUUAAUAAUACACUUUGUAUAAUUGUCCUUUUUACUCAUUUUGCUUUGAAAGCAUAAUUGUUUCAGUUUAUGUUUAAAACUGUAUUUAUUUAUUUACAUGUGAAUUUAAUAUUGUUUUAUAUCUUUGUCAUGAAUAUCAUGUUUGAUCUGGAACUGGGGGUCUUAGGUCAGCUUUUAAGAGACGUGCGAACAAAUUGCUACCCAGGACAUGCACGCUUCCUCUAUUGCCACCUGUUGUCAUGCUGUCCGUGUUUGGUAAAUCCGGGAAAAUGGACAAAGUAAGCGAAUAGACAUCAUCUUCGCGAAUAUUCAACAUACGUAUAUGAUGAUACUUUCAUUGAACCUUCAUAUCAAUUGACAUUUGAAGAGCGGGCUUACUAGUAUUUACUUUACGUUUAUUUUGCUUAAAACAUUCUUUAUGUACUUAUUUAUUUUACGUUGUUAUUCAUUUGCCGCAUUAGCCAUCUGUUUUAUGCCUCUUAAAUGUUCUGUCUAUGAUUCCAAAAUGCAGACGUUAAAUCAUGUUUUAUUAUUAUGCUUAAAUUAAUCUAACAUCAACAGCAAUACGUUGUCAAAUAAGACUUUGAAAUUAUCAACUACUAUUUACCUUGAAUAUCUUCGACUGAUGUUUUGGUGGUAUAACAAUAUCAUUAAAAUUACUGUUAAAACCACUUACCAGUGAGGAACGCGAAUAUACAUAAAAGUGAA